CAGAGGCAGAGCCGCGGAGUCGCGGCUGGACGCGCGCAGCCCGGCUCCGGCCCCCGGAGGAUGCGGCGCGCCCAGGAUGCUGCCGCGCCUGGUAGUGCCGCUGGCGGUGCUCCUCAGCCUGCGCCUCUGCUCCGGCGCGCACGGAACAGAACUUCCCAGCCCUCCAUCUGUGUGGUUUGAAGCAGAAUUUUUCUCCCAUAUCCUCCACUGGACCCCCAUCCCGAAUCAGUCAGAAAGCACCUACUAUGAAGUGGAGCUUCUGAGGUAUGGAAGAGACUCCUGGGAGUCCACCCCCAGCUGUAACCAGACCCUGGUGCUGUCCUGUGAUCUCACUAUUAUGACCCUGGACCUGUACCACGACAAUAGCUACAAAGCCAGGGUCCGGGCAACGACUGGAAACCGGUACUCCAACUGGACCAACACCAACACCCGCUUCUCCCUGGAUGAAGUGACUCUGAUGGUCAGCGUGAAGCUAGAGGUGGACAACGGCAUCAUCCUCGGGCGGAUCCAGCUCCCCAGGCCCAGGAUCGCCCCUACAGGCGACACUUACGAAAGCAUCUUCCAACACUUCCGAGAGUAUGACAUUAAGUUGCGCAAGGUGCCAGGGAACUCUACGUUCAUAAAGCAGAAGAUAAACCAUGAAACCUUCAGCCUCUCACCUCCUGGAGAACUGGGAGAAUUCUGUGUCAAGGUGAAGCCAUCUGUGGCCUCCCGAGUGAACAGGGGGCUGUGGUCCAAGGAAGAGUGCAUUGUGCUUACCCCACGGUAUUUCACCGUGACCAACCUCCUCAUCUUCUUCGCCUUCGUCCUGCUGCUCUGCGGAGCCCUGGCCUACUGCCUGGCCCUCCAGCUGUACGUGCGACGCCAGAGGAAGCUGCCUACCGUCCUGGUCUUCGGGAAGCCCCAUCCGUUCAACUUGGUCCUCCGGCACCCCUGCCCAGAGCCCCAGGACACCAUCCAUCCCCUUGACGAGGGGGCCUUCCCCAAAGUGUCCCCGGAGCUGAAGAACUCGGAACUGCAUGGCAGCACGGACAGCGGCUUUGGCAGUGCGAAGUCAUCCCUGCAGAAUGAGGGGUCCCAGUUCCUCCUGCCGGUCCCCCACCCCCAGGCGGCGGGGACUGUGGGAAAGGGGGCGCCCCGGGAGCCGGACAGCAGCCGCAGCGGGGGCAGCAGCAACAGCACAGACAGCGGGAUCUGCUUGCAGGAGCCCAGCCCGAGUCCUGGCACCGGACCCCACUGGGAGCAGCGGGUGAGGAAGAGCAGCCAGGGCCAGGACGACAGCGGCCUCGGUCUAGCCCAAAACUCAGAAGGGCAGCCAGGGGAUGUGCAGGGGGUCUCAGACUUGGGCCGUGUCAAUCCCCCAGGGCCUGAGGUGCCUGGGGAGGAAGACCCAGCCUCAGUGGCAUUCCGGGGCUACCUAAAGCAGACCAGAUGCACACAGGAGAGAGCAACCACGGCAGGCUGCCUGGAGGAAGAGCCCGCCUCGACAGAUGGCCUCGGCCCCAAGUUCAGGACAUGCCCGGAUGCCGAGGCAGGCUGGCCCCCGCUGGCCCUGGACAAGGGCUAUUUGAAACAGGACCCAGGAACAACUCACCCUGCAUCAGGGACCCCAACCGGACAGUGGAGUCGGCCAACUGAGGAGUGGUCACUUCUGGGUUUGAGCAGCUCCAGGGACCUAGGAGCAUCUGACUGCAACUUGGCCCAUGACCUGGCCCCUCUGGACUGUAUGGCAGCCCCAGGUGGUCUCCUGGACCGCUUUGACUCAAACCUGGUCACUCUGCCUCUGAUCUCCAGCCUGCACUCGAAUGAGUGACUCAGGCUAAGGGGCUGCUUUUGAUGUCAGCCGUGCCCUUCCUGGACCAGGAGGAGGGGCCGCAGGGGUCAGAAGUGACUCAUGAGGCCAGUGUGAGCACUCUUCUGCAAGUUCCAGAGGUCCAGCCCUCGCCAGGCCCAGCAGGGCUGCCCGAGGUGCCCAGGGCAGAAAGAGGCUAUCUUGUUAUACUAUUGCAGGGUAUCCAGAUGGCACUGGCCGGUUAUGCAGACAGGGCCCCAGAGACUCUGGCAGGACCAGGAAGGGCAGGGCGGAGAUCUCCUCCCUUCUAGGGGCUCUUCCUAUACUGUAAAAGAGUCUUUGCUCGGGGGAAUCAUAGGGUUUUCUGGAAAUGCGGUGAGGCCAGCUAUUGUGGUGAGGGCACCAAGCUGAAGUCGGUUCAGACCCAGCCCUCCGUCUCAGGCUAACCAUGUGCCAGGGCCUCCAGCAGGAUGCAGGGCUGGGAGGGUGGGGGCUUCAGAGCCUCCCUGCAGGGUCAUUUCUAGGAGGAAACAGGAGGACCCGGAGAUCAGGUGUGGUCUCUAGGAUGGUCACACGGAGAAUCUUCCAGACUGGCAGUCCUCCCAGGCAGGGAGCUUGUCACAGAAGAUCUUCAGAUGAAUCUGCCCUGGUCAGCCAGUCUACCAACCACCAUUAUGGAGCCACAAGGGGACGAAACCCCCGUGUCCAAGCCACUCACUACCCCUCCCUGUGGCCUCCACCAUCUUGCUGACAGCACUGGAGAAGCCGUGGCUAUUUGUACCGGUCACUGGUCAAAACUCAGC